CGAGCGCGCGGUCGCCUAACGGUUUUUUCUUUGUUUGCUCUCUUAUAUUCUGCUGUCCAUAUGUCCAGCAAUGGAGGCCUGCCAUUCAGGUUCACCGACGAGCGUCACAUGAAGUUCGUGGAGCUUUACAGCAACGAGCCGUGCCUCUGGAACCGUAGACCCUAUCUAUGGGGAGCUCGCAAUGCGGCCUACAAGCGCAUACAGAGUGGCAUUAAUGCCGAUGCGGACUCCACGGAGAAUCCGAUUACCUUGCAGGGUGUCAAGAUGAAAAUCAAGAACAUGCGCACAGGCUAUCAUCAGGAGCUAAAGAAGAUCAGAGCUAAUCCGAAAUAUACGCCGAAAAUUCCCUGGUUUGCCCCACUGCACAAGUUUCUGGCACAGUUUCUGGACAAGAAACCGGAAGAUAAGGCAUUGCUGCAUACGCCGCCUCUAAAGCGUUUGCAGAUCAACUUGCCGCGUUUGAAGCCCGUCAAGCUGCUUCCGCUUGUGUCCGAGGAGAAACCCGAAAUCAAAAUGGAACUAGAGCCCAAUCAACAGGUGCUUAUACCUACAACUGCACUAUCAAUAAUGCCUACUUCGAGUCCGCCACCCCCGCUGCGCCUCAUCUCGCCGCCAGUCCAACCUCCCUCUCCAGUCGAAGUCAACUCCAUACCCGCGACAAACUCUACGGUAAUGGAUCGAACCCUGACGCUGCCAUCGAUUGGCGACGAUGAGUUUACGUUCUUCGGACUCAGCGUUGCGGCCCAACUAAGGAGCAUGCCCAUCUCAAAUGCGAUGAUCAUGCAAUCUAAAAUUCAGUAUAUGCUCUCAGUGGAACGUCGCAAAGUUAGCGGCGAGACCACAGAGUUAAAUUUAUUUAAUUAAUAUUAAUAUAUUAAGAAAAGUAUCAGGAAAUAU